AUGGCAACCGAACUCGUAAUGCCUGCCCUCAUCGACCAGCGUGGGCCCUUCUACGCUCCCCAGCGCCCCGAUUUUGGCCACACGAGAUCGCAGUCUUUCCAGACGGCGCCCCGUCCCUAUGGCCAGCGCGUCUCGCCACUGAGCACUCCCCACGAUGGCUCCCCGACCUCGCCCAAGUCGUGCUUGAACGAGUCGGUACGCCCCAUCUACAUGCCUGCCGUCCUCCGCCCGACCCAGCACCACUCCAAGAUGCCCCGGACUCCCAAGGCCGAGGACAUGGACGGUGAGGACCUCUUGUGCCUGCGCCGCUCCAACAGCAGCUUCAUCAGCUUGCCCGGCUUCAGCGUCAUCGGCCAGAAGCUGUCGCGUCGCUCCACUGGCGACAGUGGCAAGGUUAUCGACCUUGACCUGGAUCCCGAUCUGUUCCCCGAGGUCACCGGAGAGCCCACCCGCAAGCACUGGAAGCCCGACACCGAGUCCACCAUGUGCGACGACCCGACCUGCAAGCGCAACUUCAACACCUUCACCCGUCGUCACCACUGCCGCCGCUGUGGCAACAUCUUCUGCGGGCCUCACUCUGCCAACGUCAUUCCCCUCGACGAGGGCUGCAACUACAACCCCCGCGGAGCUCUCUCCCGCGCCUGCUUUCACUGCUUCACCGAGUUUAAGGUCUGGAAGAGCCGUAACGGCAGCCGCAGCGGAAGCGACCAGAGCUCCGACUCCCACAGCAGCAGCACCACCACCCCGACGAGCCCCAUCGUCGCAAGCCCGGUCGCCCCUUCGACUCCGGGUCUCCUGCCUCCUACCAAGGGCCCCGAGGUUGCGGCCAGUGUCCCUCGCGACUGGAACUGGAGCACCUUUUGA